AGCUCAGCAUUCGGCCGCUUUCAGUCCGACUAGCUCCACUCUCCGGGUCAGCAACAUGAGCGAGAGUUAAUUUAGAAAAGCAAAUCUUUAAUCAUGACCAGAGCAACAAAACUGACAAAAUAAGUGAUUUUGCACUUUAUCUGUGGAUCAGAGAGAAUCUGUACCAUCAUUAGCUUUCUUUCUUUCUAUUUGUUUUUGGGUUUUUUUACUUGUUGGUUUUCAACGCGGUUGGAUGCGCCCUGGCUGUGCGUUCUGGUUCUGCGGACUCUGACUGCGGUGAUGGACCGGCCCGGAAGCUGAACGGUGGGCUUAAUUUGUGGGCCCUGCCAGGUGCACAUGAAGAAGUCUGAACCCAAAGGCCUUGGGGUGAAAUAGGGCCGAGACUGCCUCAUGUGUUGGGAUUCCUCUGUGUUCUGGUCCCCACCGACCCCUAUCUUCCCAGCAUCGGUGGGAUGUCCCAGGUGUGUCUUCUCUUGGCCUUGCUUACUCUCUCCAGCUGCACUAAGGGGUCCUUUGCUAACUCUCUGGAGCUCUUGAAGGAGAAGUGGGGCAGCUACAAGAACCAGUGCUUGGACUUUAUCGAUUCCACACCCCCUGCCACAGGGUUGGUGUGUAACAGGACCUUUGAUUCAUAUGCUUGCUGGCCUGAUGGACUUCCAGGUACCACUGUCAAUGUCUCUUGCCCAUGGUUCUUGCCAUGGUAUCACAAAGUGCAGCGGGGUCUGGUCUACAUGGUCUGCAACGAAGACGGUAAAUGGAGACAAAAGAAUACCAGUGAAUGUGAGGACGAUCCCGAUGAGGAGUAUGGUCGCACCCUUAGCAAGCUGCGUAUCAUGUACACAGUGGGCUACUCUCUUUCACUUGGAGCCCUCCUCCUGGCCCUGGGGAUUCUCAUCAGCUUCAGGAAGCUUCAUUGCAUGAGGAACAACAUCCACAUGAACUUGUUUGCUUCGUUCAUCCUGAGAGCUGUGUCCAUUCUGGUCAAAGACGCUGUGGUGAUCCCCACGCUGGACCUAAAGAGUGACAAUGCCACCAGGGCACAGACCUGGGUCAACAUACCAGCUGUGAUGUGGUGCCGAGGUGCCAUGGUCAUGAUGCAGUACAGCGUAAUGGCCAACAACUACUGGCUGCUGGUGGAAGGAAUCUACUUGCACAGCCUUCUCGUCAUCACCGUUUUCAGCGAGAAGAAAUACCUCUACAUUUACUUGGCCAUCGGCUGGGGUGCGCCUCUCAUAUUUGUGUUGCCAUGGAUCACAGUGAAAUAUCUGUAUGAGAACGAAGAGUGCUGGCAGAGGAAUAUUAACAUGGGAUAUUGGUGGAUUAUCCGUUCUCCCAUAUUGUUUGCUUAUCUGAUCAACUUCUUCAUCUUCAUCCGAAUAAUAAAAAUUCUGAUGUCUAAACUUAAAGCCCACCAAAUGAGAUACACUGACUACAAAUUCAGGUUGGCAAAAUCCACGCUGACUCUUAUCCCGCUGCUUGGCAUUCAUGCCAUCCUCUUCACCUUCGUCAUUGAUGAGUCUGUCCCAAAGGGCUCCAUGCUUCGCCUCAUUCGCCUCUUCUGUGACCUCCUGCUGAACUCUUUCCAGGGCCUGCUGGUUGCCAUCCUAUAUUGCUUUGUCAAUAAAGAGGUGCAGUCCGAGAUGCUGAAAAAGUGGAAGAGGUGGAAACUGGGAAAGGACAUUUAUGAGGAAUACCGCCACACCCAUAGCCAGACACCGCAUGUCAAGAGCGGGAGCAUCGCCACCGGGAAUCUGCCCGACCUCCAAGACAACAACAGUGACCCAAGCACUGACUCGCUGCGCACCAAAAAGGCCGGCGGCCAUCCGUCCUGCUCAGCUGCACCUGAGGAGAAUCGCAGACUGGUGGUUUCCUACAGCAACGGGACGGGAAAAGGCAGAUCUGCCAAGAGUAGACAAAUCCUACAGCUCACCUUCCCACCUCAGAGAGACAGCACCAGCAGGGGCAGCACCACAACAGAGGAUAUCAGCUUGGGGGAUCGAGUACACUACCGCUCAUACCCACAGGAAGGAGAUGAAACUGGUGUCUAAAGACACCAUUACACUUUUUUUUUAAUCACUGAAACUUAGCAUUUUAAGGAUCAGGCCACAACAUAAAAACCUAAGUGGGAAACAUAUGCAAAAACACCCCAUAUAGAUCAUCAUGUUUACUGCUUAAAUGAAUAAAAGCAAACCAAUAUAAGAUUCCCAUGUUUAAUGUAAUUCUCAUUGUUUAUGGAAAACAGUAAAAACGAUUUAACAAUUUAAAGAUUGUGCAGCAUGUGUGUCUCUUUAAAUGUAUUGCUUUUGAAGGACCAACUUUCCAGCAUCAAACCAUAUGCUGCUGCUGUCAUUGUGAGGACUGCUUGGAUUAGGUGUCUUAUGGUACUCAGUAGCUUUAUGAAUGCAGACUGCAGCAAGCACAACUCUAUUUUCCAUUCUCUGAAGCUAUGGGAACAACCACAUUGAGGUAUUCACUUAAGACAAAUGAAUUGUUGCACUUAAUGUUGAGAGUUAAAGCUUGUCACACUGAGGGAGCCUCACGAAAAUGGGUGCUUUCGUUUUCCAAAAGUCUUUGUGAUUGUGUUGAAACAACGGUGGUUUAAAAUAUCCGAUGCCAAAUAGAAAAAAAUGGUUUUAUUAAUAUAAACGUUUUUCAUUAGUUGGGUUUGGGAUUUAGUCAGUUUUUCGAGGUGUGUUUGUUUUUUAUACUAAAGGCAACCUUCUAUCCAUUUUUACAAACAUUUUCAACUAAAUUCAAAUGUAAGAAAACAGGUGAAUUUAAAAGUAUUUUCUUGUUGCAUAUAGGCCUAUGUAUUCUAAUGUCCAUGCCUACAAUCUAUGAUUUUUUGCUGAAUCUGUGAUAUUCAUAUAAAGAUUCACACUCAUGGCAUAAAAAAUGCUUUUCUUUUAAGUAAAUAUAUUUGCUGUAUCUUAAAGUGAAUGUAACACUUUAUUGCUAUAAUUGCACAGCCAUUUUCUAUGCACUCAUACGUUAAUUUUUUUCAUAUUGUAUCAUUAUAAGCUGUAUGCACCACCAAGUAAAGAUGUUAAAUUUGAUGAAAAGACAUUCUAGUGAAGGGUUUGCACCCAAUUAAAUAAUAUCUGAUCUGUGCAUUGUGAUAUAAAGAGCACCAGUUCAACUAAGAAUGGCUUAUUUCUAUUUAUUUAUUUCAUUCUGUCUGCAGGUUGAGACAGGGCUCAUAUUUAUUGACAGAAACAAAACUUUAUAAAAUAUUGAAGCAUUUUUAUUAUGUUACGCUAUAAGAAAUGAGCCAGCAAGAAUUUUCACUUAAAAAAAGCAGAAAAAAGUUUGUGUUUUGUCUUAAGUGUUUUAAUGUGCCGUAUAUAUAUUGUAAAUACUAGUAAAAGUAUUGAACAUUAUAAUGGUAAUGAAAGGUUGGUGAAGGGGCUAAUUAUUAUGUGUAGUGCACAUGGUCAAAAAGUGACAUUUUGAUAUGUUUAAUUAAAAAGGUGUCCAAACUAAACAGUUUAGAAAAAAAAAAGUUUUGUUUGAAAGCCAACAGGUUGUGUCUUAUUUGUUUCUGUGAAUACAAUUAAAAUAAAAUUCUGUCAGCAAAGA